CCAAUCCCAACUCCUGCAGUGCUGGAAUUGAGCCUCUCGGCAGAACCGCUACAUGAUGUAGCAAAGCCCGUGAGAGGGAUCCUCGAAGAUCUUGCCGACUGGAAACUUCGAAUGAGGGAGCUGUACAGCGACAGAGCGGCACUUGCCAAAGAGCUGGAAGAGGGGAAGUCGGGAUUGAAAGGCAUCGAGAAAAAUAUAGAAGAUAUCCGUGCGGAGCAGCGAAGAUUGGAGGACAAAAAGGCGGCAAUUGACCAGGAAAUUUCAGAAGCGGAAAAGGUAGGCAAACGAUACGAUGAGAAUCUGACAAUGGAGAAGGAGAAGACUUCGAUGAGAGAGAUCGCCCUUCGCGACAUGAACGACAGGGCUGAGCAGAUAAAGCUGGAGCUACAAGAAGUCUGGAACAUUUGUGACAGUUAG